CGUGUGACGUGUUUGGUUUUCUUCUCUCCUUUUCUGUGAAACCCUAGAGUUAGGGUCCGUGCGGCAAUUGGAGGGCAGCGGCGAUGUCGGACGAGGAGCAUCACUUCGACAACAAGGCGGACGCCGGCGCCUCCAAGACCUAUCCCCAGCAGGCCGGGACGAUCCGCAAGAACGCCUACAUCGUGAUCAAGCAGCGCCCCUGCAAGGUUGUUGAGGUGUCUACUUCCAAGACUGGCAAGCACGGCCAUGCGAAGUGCCACUUCGUGGGCAUCGACAUCUUCACCGGGAAAAAGCUCGAGGAUAUUGUCCCAUCUUCCCACAAUUGCGAUGUUCCGGAAGUCACUCGCACCGACUACCAGCUGAUUGACAUCUCGGAAGACGGAUUUGUGAGUCUCCUCACCGAGAAUGGUGACACCAAGGACGACCUCCGCCUUCCAACUGAUGAUCAGCUCAACGCCCAGAUUUCUACUGGCUUCCAUGACGGCAAGGAUCUCGUUGUGACAGUCAUGUCCGCUCUUGGGGAGGAGCAGAUUUGCGCCCUCAAGGACAUCGGGCCCAAGUAGAAGCGCUCCAACGCAAGCACGAAGCCGAGGACCACUGGUUUUGUACCUCCUUAAAAGUCAUUUUACUCUAUAGUUCGUUCGUUUUUCCUUGCAACUCUGUUGUAACCAGUGGGGAACGUUUUUUUCCAAAGUAGGGGAGUUUGGGUCGGCUACUAUUUGUAUGCUUUGACGACCUGGAAAAAUUCUAUUUAUUCAUUGCCAGCUUCUUAUCU